UGGCGAUCUACGUAUGGCCCCCCGGACACGUGCCCCAGGUGAAUUUUAAAAAAAAAAAAAAUCGAAAACAGGGGUUCAGUGUCAUUUACUCAAUUAGACAAUUACUCCCUCUCCAGCUCUCUUUCACUCUAAACCUAAAAACUCAAACUCUUCCUCCACCUCCGUUGGUCGCUGCCGCACUCCCUCACCACGCUACCGCCGGCUGCUGCUCCAUCACAGACGCCUUCUUCCGCUGCUGCCUGGUGCUUUGACGUUGUCGGUGCUUCUGUGGGUUGCUCGAAGCCUCGAUUCGAACGCAGUCGAACUCGAAGGUUUUAAAACCCUAAUCCCUAAAAAUCGAAAUUUUUUAUUUUGUUUAAGCGGAAAAGAUGUUCUUCCACAUAAUAUUGGAGAGAAACAUGCAACUUCACCCACGCCACUUUGGGGCUCGUCUUCGUGAAAAACUUGUAUCCAAACUCAUGAAAGAUGUUGAAGGCACUUGCAGUGGGCGCCAUGGAUUUGUUGUUGCAAUCAUGGGAAUCGAGCAUGUUGGAAAAGGAUUAAUUAGGGAUGGAACUGGGUUUGUUACUUUUCCUGUCAAGUAUAAAUGUGUUGUGUUUCGUCCUUUUAAAGGGGAGAUUCUUGAAGCUGUUGUAACAAUGGUUAACAAGAUGGGUUUCUUUGCUGAAGCUGGUCCUGUCCAGAUUUUUGUGUCGAAUCAUCUAAUACCCGAUGAUAUGGAAUUUCAAUCUGCGGAUACCCCUAAUUAUACUACUGGAGAUGGUUCGGUUAAAAUUCAGAAAGAUAGUGAAGUGAGGUUGAAGAUUAUUGGAACUCGAGUUGAUGCCACUGAAAUUUUCUGCAUCGGCACAAUUAAGGAUGACUUUCUGGGUGUAAUUAGUGACCCUGGUGCAGCGUCAUAGGAGUGAAAUUUACUCCGUCUUUUAUCUAAUUCUGUAGCAGUAGUAGAAUUCAUGAAUCAAGAUACCAGUUUUUAUGAAAAUAGAAUAUUUCGCAGGAGUUGUAAUCAAGUAUCAAUUACUACCAAGUAAUCCAUCCUUACGUAUCAACCCUUGGUUUAAGCUUAUUUUUUUCUCGUUUAAGCUUAUUUUUUUCUUGUCUCUACCGAAGUUACUCGUUUUUUUGUAAAUGUGUGUAUUUUUGUUGAGUUUAUGACAAAAAUCACCAUUAAUGUCAAAUUUUCAAGUUCCAUGCUAUUGAACAGCAAAACUUUUAGAAUGUUCAAAGCAUAAGUCGUCAUUAUCAUCAUACCCAGUAUAUUUCGCUCAUAGAAAACUAUGGUCAGGGUCUGAAAAGGAAAAGACGGUGGCAACUUAUAUCCUUAAAGGAGAGUGCGGACUAAAGAGUUUCAACUCGAAAAAGGUUAAUAUUUUGGUCUUAAAGGGGUUUACAAUGAAAUUCUAUCAUGCACAAAUCACCAUAUUUUGGUCUUAAAAGGGGUCUACAUGAAAGGUUAAUAUGAGGAUAUUCACCCUGUUGGGU